AUGGCUAGCAUCAAGAUUGUCUGGGGCGGAGCCUCAAUCAUGGAUCAAGCCGCCUAUCCAACUCUUGAGUCCAUCAGCGAGGUCCUCGAUAUUCUGCAUGACAAAGGCAUCAAAAGCAUCGAUACUGCCAAGAUCUACAGUAACUCCGAGGAGCUAUUGGGCAAACUUCACGCCGAUUCCCGCUUUGCCAUUGAUUCGAAAUUCCCUGGCGGGUUUAGACCUGAGCCCUCCACCCCAGAGUCUCUUGUUACAAGCUUGAACGAGAGUUUGGCCCUUCUCCAAACUAAUCAGCUCGACAUCUACUACAUGCAUGCUCCCGAACGCAGAAGCUCAUUGGAAGACCUGCUGGCCAGUAUCGACUCUGCGCACAAGGCUGGAAAGUUCAAGCGCUUUGGGCUGUCCAACUAUCUGGCUGAGGAGGUUGAAGAGGUGGUCCGCAUCUGCUGUGAAAAGAAUUAUGUCGUGCCAAGUGUCUACCAAGGCAGCUAUUCCGCUGUUGCACGACGAGCAGAGAAAGAGAUCUUUCCCACACUGCGGAAACACAACAUCUCAUUCUAUGCUUAUUCGCCCAUCGCAGGAGGAUUCCUGACUAAGGAUGUCGCGACGUUGGUCUCCGGUGGGCAGGGUCGGUGGGAUCCAAAGACACAGAUUGGUGGGAUCUACAAUGCGCUUUUCAACAAGCCGAGCAUGCUGGAGGGCUUGGAAAAGUGGGAGAAGAUAUCCAAGGAAUUUGGUAUCUCCAAGGCCGAAUUGGCAUAUCGGUGGGUGGUGCAUAACUCCGACCUCAAAGCAGAACUUGGAGAUGCUGUGGUUGUUGGGUCACGUAAUGUCGAGCAGCUCAAUCAGACACUUGCUGCAAUUAGCAAGGGUCCGCUCGAUGCGGAAAUAGUAGCACAGAUUGAGCAGGUGUGGAAGAUUGUCGAGGCUGAUUCGCCUUUGGACAAUUUCAACUAG